GUAUUAAAACAUAGGUUGAUAAACGGGAAGAGCAGACAUUGAUCAACUCUCUGACCUUUGUCGGAAGCAGCUAAUCUCACUCUCAUUCUUCUUUCUUCAUUCUCAAUUUCAACCCUUUUUCUCCCGCCAUUUUCACAACAACGAAAAAUUUAAAUUCAUCGAUCAAACAAAAAUUAAAUAUCUCAACCUAACCAACACAUCGCUUCGUGCCCCUUCAACAACUAUAAACCCUAGCAUUGAUGGAAUCUGAAUCAAACUCUAAUAAUCACGAUUUUACCAAUGCUUUAUCCCACAGCAACAACUCGUUAAAUCUUACUCCUGUUGCGCCGGAACAAUCCGGCAACGGUUUACCCUAUGCGCCGGAAAAUUUUCCUAAUUCUGGUGAUAUUUGGAGAUGGAGAACAGGUAAAAGAGUUGCAGCCAACGGUAACUUUCGUGACCGGUAUCUAUAUCUUCCUCCUCGUCUUAUCGCUGCUGGACACAGCUCUGGACGUGGCGGAUUUGCGAGCAAGCUUUCGGUUGAACGCUUCCUCAAAGAAUCAUUUCCUGAUAUUGAUGUUCUUGAUUUCUUCGCUAAAUUCAGCUGGACAAUUCCGUCUACUCUGCCAUCAGGCAAUACAAAUCCGAUAGGUGAUGUACUUCUUCAACAGUUUGAAUUAGAAAAACAAUCAGAAUCCGAUUUCCUCUGUGACAUUGAUGGAUGCAAAGCUGGGAAUCUGAUGUGCAGCAGCUUGAUUCUGGAAGAAGAAAAAAAACAUUCACCAGCCAUGCCAUGUGAUAUCUGUUGCACUGAACUUAAUUUUUGCCGUGAAUGUUGUUGCAUUCUUUGUUGCAAAACUGUUGAUUCAGCUUAUGGUGGCUAUAGUUAUAUCAUGUGCAAAGUAAAAGUUGGCGAUAAUAUUUGUGGGCAUGUUGCUCAUAUGGAAUGUGCUCUUCGAGCUCACAUGGCUGGCACAGUUGGAGGAAUGAUUGGAUUGGAUGCUGAGUAUUAUUGCCGGCGCUGUGAUGGGAGGACUGAACUGAUUUCUCAUGCAAAUAAGAUUCUACUGGUUUGUGAAGCUAUUGAUUCAGAGGGUGAUAUUAAGGAAAAAAUGUUAAAUCUUGGUAUGUGUCUUUUGUGUGGUUCACAGAAAGCCGCUGCAAAGGAGCUUAUGAGUCGUAUUGCAUUGGCUAUGUCAAAGUUGUUUGAUGAAUUUGGUAGUUUACUUCAGCUUAAACGUGGGAAUAAUACUGAAGAUAUCUUGAAUGUCGAUGACAAACUUACCGCUCAUUCUGCAGGUUUCUCCAUUAAUGGCAGUGCUGCGAUGGAUACUACAGAUGAUGAAAGCCCCUUAAACCAUUUAGAUGUAAGAAUAGGGAAAAAAUAUUUUGGCUAUCGAUCAGAGUCAUUAAAACUUGAGGCUGAGGUUGAUCAAGUUCUGGAGGCUCUUAGAAAGUCACAGAAGUAUGAAUAUAACUUGGCAGAAGAAAGCCUUAAUGAACACAAGAAAUAUUUACAAAAUCUUUAUCAGCAACUGGACAGAGAGAAGUCUGAAUUAGCAAGUCAACCCAAUGGAUCUCAUUCAGGUGUCUUGUUUGAAACUGUGAAGGAAAGAAAGGAACAAUUAAGGAGGGAACUCAUGAAAUUUGAAAAUAUGAAAAGGGUAGCCAAUGGUUUUGGCAGCACAUCUAAAGAUAUUUUAGAGAAAUACUUUGGCUUGUAAAUUGCAUACAAAAAUGAUAAAUUUUCUGAAGAUAUGAUGAUGUAAAAUGUUUCAAGUGGCUUGCGGAACGUUGGCAACGAACUAUGUAUAUUCAUUAAGCCACCGAAUCAGGAUUUUUCAUGUGGUAUUUGAGUGACAGGUUAUAGAGAUUAGAGAUGAGGGCAGUUGCCUAAGAUGGUGUUGGAUAAAUUAUCCAUGACAAAGGUCUUUCUUCCUACCAAAUACAUGUUCUUAGUGACAAAA